AUGCAUUAUCUUUUGGUACAUGCCUGUGUUCCUCGAAGGUCGCGAGAGGGUGGAACUGAGGCGGUGAGGGUGGUCGUGAGGGUUCGACCAAUGUCCGAGAGGGAAGAGGCUACAGGUUUGCAGGGAGUGGUCAGCGUUGAUGAUGACGGGGAGUCCAUGUCGGUUGUUGAUCCGACGGCCUUUGCUGCAGCCCUGGCGCUUGAGAGAGACGGGCGAGAACAGGUGGAGUCAAGCAUGUGGGCAAAGCGGUUCUCGUUCGACCGGUGUUUCGGUGGCGAAGAUGAUGGUGGUGAUGGACAGGAGAAGGUCUUCGAGGAAGUUGGCGCCGCCGUCAUCAACCAAGCGUUCUCGGGGUACAACUCCACCGUGUUUGCGUACGGUCAGACCGGUUCCGGAAAAUCUUACACGAUGAUGGGAACGGGAAAGGCCCUGGACGACACCGUCGACCCGGAAGACCACGGCCUCAUACCUAGAAUUUGCUCUGGAAUUCUUGAGCGGAUAGACCAGUUUUCCGUUGAGGUCAGCUACCUCGAAAUAUACAACGAGUCCCUCCGCGACCUGUUCAAUCCGGCGACAUCUUUUGUCGCGGAUGGUACUGGUGGGGGUCUAGGGGAGCAAAGCUCGCACGGUGCCAACGGUGGUUUCAUCGGGAGUGGGUCUGGGUUGCGCUUGAGAGAAGAUCCCCGCUCGGGCACGUACGUGGAAGGCUUGACCUCCAUCGCGGUUUCGAGCUGGGAAGAGAUGUCCCAGCUCCUGACAUACGGCGGGAGCGAGAGGACGGUCGCAGCCACGAACGCCAACGACUGGAGUUCCCGUAGCCACGCCGUGUUUACACUCACGUUUCGGCAGACUUCACAGGCGUGGUCUCCGACAGGGUGCUCCUACGAAUCUUGGGAGGCGUGUUCGAACGUGAAUCUCGUCGAUCUCGCGGGCAGCGAGCGUGUAUCGCACACCGGUGCCACAGGUUUGCGCCUUCAGGAAGCUGGUUCCAUCAACCGGUCUCUGGCCGCCCUAAGCGAUGUCAUCAAGGCAUUGUCCGAAGCUCAACGGCGUUGUCGACCCGGUGGGUCCGCAGGAGGGAGGUCGCCAACCCGGCCAAGAUCUCCUGGCAAAGGAAGGGGAAGAGGGGCAGCAGGGGGGGCGGGGAAGGGGUUCGUCCCGUACCGCAACAGUGUGCUGACUCGGCUGCUGAAGGAGAGCUUGGGAGGGAACUCGAGGACGGUGAUGCUGGCGUGCAUCAGUCCGUGCGACGCUCACUACGAGGAGACCCUGGGGACGCUGCGCUAUGCCGAGCGUGCAAAGAGGGUCAGGACCCGGGCGAUCGCCAACGCUCAAAGGGGCGUGUCUCGGGAGGGAGUGGCGGGUGAACAGGCGAUGCUUGUGGAAAGGCUAACUGCUCAGGUCUUGGAUCUCAAGCAGCAGCUAGCAGAAGCCAAUGCUACCAAGACCUGCACGUCACCAACGUCGACACAACCACCACUACAACCACCCACGGCACCGCCGGCGACGGAUAUAGACGCCGCCGCAGUGCUCCAGACCCCCGGUACCACCGGACAGCAAUCCCCAGCGGGUUUCCCCCACGAUGAGGUGGCGGCGGGGAGGCAAGGGUACGUCUAUGUGGUCGAUCCUUCCCUUCAAGGCGAGAUAGAGCGGCUAAAGGAGAUUGUUGCGGAGCGGGAUCGAAUCAUCAAGAGCAUGGAGAAGUUGGAUCGGACGAAGCGAAAGAAGGAAAAAGAGGCAAGCAUCCUUCCAGGUAGAGGCCGAAACAGUGGACAGCGGCCAGCCGGUUCGGGUAUUGGACGCAGCAGCAGUUUCAGCUCACGCCCGGGAGAUUCUGUGGACCCAUUUUCGGACUGUUCUUCGGAGUGUUCAUCUUCUUCGACUUCACCACGGCUGUCAAUAACCACGCCCCCGCGGGCGGGGCUGCACCGAAGCAUGGAGAGACCAAGCUGUAACGACGUACACCCGAAAUAUGAGGCGGGGGAGGGUGGAUCGUGGAGGAGCGGCAUGCGGCUGCUGAAUCUGAACCAGGACCUCCUGUUCUCGGAGUGCAUUUCGUUUCCCAUCUGCAAGGAAGGAGCUCCGACGUUGGUGGGGAGCGGGGAAGAGGCCGACAUUCGGUUGGAUGGAGACGAUGUCCGACCCCACCACGCGACCAUAGUACUGAGAUCAGAUGGAACCGCGAUGCUUUCUGCGACACCGGGAGCUCGCGUCCAUAUCAACGGUGUCCUGAUCUCGGCUGACGAGGAGAUGGCCUUACCUGACAAGGGGGAAGAAGGGGAAAGGGAAAUGGAGACCGCGGGGGAUCUACCCGGACGGUGUGGAGGAGAGCUCCGGCCGGACUAUCGGGUUGUCUUUGGCUCGCGACAUUACUUCCGUGUGGACUGUCCCGUUCAACACCCUUCAACAGUAGGGGAUUCCCUAAACCAUGAACGGGUGGCCGAAACAAUGCCAACAAGGAUAGACUGGGAAUUCGCGCAGGAGGAGAUCCGUGCAAACAACAACAGCACCUUCCGGCGACGGCGCUCGUCCCCUGUAGCCGCGAGUAACGUUUUGCACAUAGCCAGACCGGCAAACACGACCGGGACGGCGGCAGGAGUGGGGGUGGAUGUGGACGAAAAGCUGCAGGAGGAGUCGAAGCAGGUCCUACCGGGCGGUAGACAAGACAGUCAAUUGCUUGUCAACGGAGGCGUCUCAUUGCGAGGCCCGGUGGCGGAUACAACUGAAAAUCCCCCCGUAGCCAUGGACAAGCGACCGGUGAGCAAGGCGUUGCCCAACCAGGAGACUCCGCGGGGUGACGAACGUGAGCCUUCGGUAGACAAGGUGUGGGCCAACGAGCCGUCAGAGAUCUUGGCGCCCGGGGAUAUUGCGUUGAGCGACGGCAACGCUCUACCUUCUCCAGGAACACCACCAGUGUCACUUUCGCCGCUGGAGCGGCCGGAUGCCGGAGACUCGUCGCGUGAGAUACAGCCGACAUCGCAAGUGCCGGCAGUAUCGACGGUACCACCAUCGCCAUCGCCGGCAGAAACAGAUGCUGCAGGUGGACCACCGGCAAACACAACAGCGGCUACAUCGACCGAUGAUAUCGGCAAUCUCGAUACCUUGUCGGAAGAAGGGUCGCCAAACAGACAACCGGAGGUGUCGACAUCAUCCAUUGUGCCGGACGCCGAGUCAUCGAUGAUGCCGCUGCCGUCGUGUGAUUUCCUGCCGGUGAUGGAAGCGACGGUCGUGGCACCGAAAGAAGUAGAAGAACAAGAAAAUCAACAACCAGAAGGAGGAGAAGGAAAAGGACACCGAUGCGGGAGUUUACAUGGUGGAGAAACGGCCGAAUCAUCGCCACUAUCUUUUGCCGGUCGCGAUAGCCUGCCGCGCGGCGGGGUUUCUUCGACUCCAAGUUCGCCUGCGUCGACCGUACCGGUGGGCCAGAAUAGAAAGAAUUCUCUCAAACAAGGGGUCGACGAAGACCGAUUCAAGAAGGAAUGCCCGCCGAACGUAAACGAGGCAAGUAUUGGACCAUGUGGCGCUUCUUCCAUCGCCGAACAGGUUGAGCAGCAACGGCUCUUGCCGUCGUCAUCGGAAGUGCCUGACGCGAGUAGUAGGGCAGCGGUCAUCAACAAGGCAACCCUCAUCGAGCUGAAGAGGGCGAGGGAGGCAUGGAGGGGGGCGGAGGGGGAGCUGGAGCGCAGCCAACUGGAGAGGGAUGAGCUGCGGGCUAUCCUACAAGCGGUUCAAGAACAAGCUACGGAACGACGCAGGGCCGAUCGGAAAGAGAAGCGGGAGUUGGACAAGGAAAAGGCGAAGGCUGAGUACAGGGCCAGGGAUUUGGAAGCGGACAGAGAUCGGCUACGGCGAAUGCUCUCCAAGAGCGACGAACAAGUUGCGGAUUUGCGGGGGCAGCUGCAAAAGGCACAAGCUACCACCACCACCACCGCCACCACCACCACCACCACCACCGAACUUGCCGCUUUCGUCGAUGGCAUCCGUGUCAUGACCGCUGCUGACAAGACUGAUACCGCCGACUCAUUGUCGAAACCACCGACAAGACCUCCGCUAGCAAUAACGCCGCCGACAACCGGGGCGUUGCCGCUGACACCAACGUUCAGCCCGGCAGCAGAGAUUGAAGCAGCAUUAACAACAGCACCAGCGACGUCGUUUGGAAGUUGUCUCGGCAGCGAGGGGAAAAGGGGAACUAGUGGCGCGACUGACGACGCGAGGCACUCGGACACUAGCAGCGACAGUAGGAGCCCGUGCCAGAUGCAGCAGGCCGGUACCGUUGCGAUCAAUUCCAACAAUGCAGAGUUUCGACAACGCAGUGGUGAGAUGGAGGGAAACAUCAUCGCAGAGAACGGGCGAAAAAUGCCAAUGGCGACAACCUCGCAGCUAAAUGGCUCUGCAUUACGACGGCCUAAACAGCCACAGUCACUGGUGCAGGAGGUUCAACAGCAAGAGGAGAGAGUACCCCGGCAGGAGAAGCUCCAGCCACCGCCGAGGCCGUUACCACCAACUCUGACACCACCAAGCGGGGACUAUCAUACUGAACAUCGACAAAGUAGGCCUUCACGGACACAAGACAUCGGACGAAGUAUCGCCGUCGUUCUCGAUCGCCCGGGUGGAUACAAAAAUAACCCAACGCCCCCCGCCGAAGAUCUACUUGCAAAAGACACCAUGAUCGCGAUGGGAGGAGAGAACCCUCCGGGAUGUCCGCUUUUUCCGAUGUCUAGGGACGAUCUAUCGCUUGCGGGUAAGCCAGCGGAAGGCGAGAGGGGAGGGUCAAAUUAUCUUGGCGACGCUUUAGAAGGACAGGAGCGUGCGAAACCCGAAGGAGGAGUGCGGUUUCGACUGCAAUGUGAAGUAGAUGAAGGAUGGAUGGGCAAGGGGCCGGCGGGUGAAGAAGAACGAACGGCUGCCAAAGUUGCGUCGAGGCCCCCUGAAUCCACCGACCCAUCAAAUGGCGGAGAUGACGGGGCUAUUCUGGAGGAGAAUCGGGCAGAUGCGGAGGCUGAUAACCACCUUCUUAGUCGUCGUUUCUUGAAUUCCUCGGUAGAUGACACCGUCCUGAGCGGGCGCAGAAACAAACAAGGGCCUUCCACAGUAGCAAGAAAGAGAUCGGGGACGGUUGAACUCGCUGGUUCUGCCAUCCCAACCGGUGAAGCUACCCCGAGGAACAGUCAGGAAACAGCUACACGGUCGCGCCUGGUUGACCGAGAUGCUGGAGAUUUCUAUCGCGCGGCUCUCUCGACCCACCUUUCCUUCAUCGCGACCACCGCCGCUGAUGAUCCUGAUUCUGUCAAAACGGCUACCCAAGCUGGAGGUGAUCUACAGGAUCCGGGGAGAAGCGGUGCGGUGGGGGUGGGAGAGGCUUGCAGGACCUUCCAUGGCGACAUGGCGGGAGUUCGGCAGAGGCUCGAGGCGCUCCAGUCCAAGUUUUCCCGUGGGGAGUCGGGCAGCGCCCAAACGAGCUGA